ACUCAAAGCCCAGUCGAUUGCACACUAUGAAAAACGUAUGAAUGCGAGUCGCUUGUGUUAUUAAAGUCCGCGUAUUGUGCCAUUACAGCCUAGGAGUUUCACGGCUUGGCAAACAAACGUACAGUGCUAGGAUAGCAAUAGGGGUUCGGUGUAAACCCACGUAAACAAAUCUAUAUCCGACUGGAAAACCUGAACAGGUGGCACAUCUCGGGACGUCAGGGCGAGCAGACGGACAGCUUCCGUUAAUCUCUUGCUGACGAAAGCUCUUCAGCAUCUCCUCCUCAUCGGGAGACACUGCGAUUCGGGAAGUUCAACCAGCUUUUCCAGGGCUGUUUUAAGGGAUUGCUGGGAACGUUGAAAUUGGAUUUAUUGGAGAGGUUUUUCUUAUGCGUUAUGACUUGGAUGUGUUGAAUAUCCGCGUGUCAAAAAAGCGACAUGUUUCCUGAAAUCAAUAACAAGUCAGCCAGACCCGAGGCUUUUCCUCACCCUCACAGGUCUCAGGCAGAGAAUGCAAAAAAAGCGCCCAACCGUUCCGACUCACAGAAGUGCGGGACAGGGGUUGGCACGUUGCCACAACUGGAGGCUCCGGUCAAGCAAGUUUUGUUGACCAAUGGGAAGCUUCUGCAUUCAAAUGGAACCUUACCCAGCAUUGUCAAGCAGCUGGUGCAAAGCACCCAAGGGAAUCAGGAGGAAAGACCGAGACCACAGUUUCCCAAUCGAUUUGGUUCGUCUGUGGAAAACCUUUCCGAAUCCUUAACCAGGAGUAUCAUCAAUAAGUUUGAAAAGAUCAGGACGUAUGAGGGACAGAGGCUUCCCAUGUCUCCAACAACUGCAAUGAAACACUUCCAGAACCAGAUGACAGAAUAUGAGAGGGAUGAAAUUAUGGAGUACUCUGAGAUCUGGUAUCUGGGCUUGGACACGAAGAAAAUUGAAGGCUCCAAGGGAUCCACACUGAAUUCAGGCUAUGAUGAUGAGCACGGCAGCUACAUGAAGGUCCUGCAUGACCAUAUAGGCUACCGUUAUGAAGUCCUGGAGGUGAUUGGGAAAGGAUCUUUUGGUCAAGUCUUGAAAUGUUUGGAUCACAAGACGAACGAGAUGGUAGCCCUCAAGAUCAUUCGAAAUAAGAAGAGGUUCCACCAUCAGGCCCUUGUUGAGUUGAAGAUCCUUGAUGCGGUACGGAGAAGAGACAGAGAUUACUGCCACAACGUCAUUCACAUGAAGGAGUACUUUUACUUUAGAAACCACCUGUGCAUCUCCUUCGAGCUGCUCGGAGCGAACCUGUACGAGCUCAUUAAAAAGAACAACUACCAGGGCUUCAGUCUAGGGUUGAUUCGCCGCUUUGCCCACUCGCUGCUCAAGUGCCUGCAGAUGCUCCACAAAGAGAAGAUCAUCCACUGUGACCUAAAACCGGAAAACAUACUCUUGGCCCAGAGGGGACAAGGAAACAUCAAAGUGGUUGACUUUGGGUCAAGCUGCUACGAGCAUCAGAGAGUGUACACCUACAUUCAGAGUCGCUUCUACCGGUCACCAGAGGUGAUUUUGGGACACCCGUACAGCAUGGCGAUAGAUAUGUGGAGCCUGGGCUGUAUUCUGGCUGAGCUCUAUACUGGCUAUCCUCUCUUCCCGGGAGAGAGUGAGGUGGAGCAGAUUGCUUGUAUCAUGGAGAUGAUGGGCCUGCCUCCGAAUGACUUUGUUCAAACAGCAUCAAGAAGAAGGUUAUUUUUUGAUUCAAAAGGAAACCCGAGGAACAUCACAAACAGUAAAGGGAAAAAACGCAGACCCAACUCCAAAGAUCUCGCCAGCGUUUUGAAAACCAACGACCCUUUGUUUCUGGACUUCAUACAACGUUGUCUUGUGUGGGAUCCCACCAAACGCAUGACUCCAGAUGAAGGCAUGCAGCACGAAUGGAUUCAUGAGGGCCGUCUCAACAAACUUCAUCCCAAACCACGAACUCUCCGGAAAGACAUCGACAAUAAUUAUGAGUUCACCUACCGCAAAGCAUCUGUAAACAGGACAAGCAAGGCUGACAAAUCUACAUCUGACGAAAAGCUCAAGAGGGUCAACGAUAAUUCAAGCAAAGGAGGCAAAACAGCAUCAGAAGAACGUCUGCGUCCUGUAGGAGCAUCGGCCGAAGAAGAUAAUGGCGAUGACAUGAGCAAAAGCGAGAGCAAAGAGAGCAAGACAGAUUCCAGCGGGGAGCGAUCCGUUCAGAUCAUCAUCAAACCUCAAACAGGGUCAAGCACUGAUUCAGAAGGACAAGAUCCUCAGUUUCUACCGCCUAUUGUAUAACAUGCAAAAGCAAACAACGACUGAUGUUUUUAUUGUGAUAUAUUGAAAAGAUUUUUACUUCAGCCACUUGGUCUGGACCUACCUAUUGUGCGGCUCCGAGUCUGAAAUUGUUGUAAUGCAAAAAGGUCAAAAAGUAAAAAAAAUGUGUUUUAUUUUUUUAGCUGUUUCUUAUUCUCUAACUCUCCCACUAAUCAUUUUGUGGGUUUGCUAUGUCUAAAAAAGUGUAGAGAAGUAACUGUUUUGAUCAUUCAAACGAUACUUUAAAUUCUAAGUGAAGUGAACAAUUUUAGUGGUUGUGCUAUAUUUGGAAACGAUUGACUAUUAUGGGAUUGUUUGUAACAAUGUCAAAUUUUUGCAGCGCGUCAUGCCAUGUGCAUGUUUAUUGGGUCUAGUGUGCUUUUUUAUUUAGUUUUCCCAGCAUUCUGAGCUUUCAGCAGUGUUUUAGUGGAGUUCAGGCAAACCUUGAGUACCAAAGCUGCUUUAUUGUGUAAUAAUACUGCAUGGGUACAGUGUUUGAAUGUUUUGUUGACAUUUGCCAGAUUUGUUUUCUACGACAUAGUCGAUUGUGAGUACAAUUAUGACUGAGCCAAAGAGAUUUCGCUUUUUAUAUUUUUGUGUUUGGUACACUUCUAAACGAAAAAAUGGUGUGUUAAUGAUGGAUUGAAAGCACACUAGGUCAUCAUAAUCUGCACAAGAACUGCAUGAUUGUAUUGAUGAUAAUGAGAAUGUACUGUAUAGACAGCAUGUUUUAGAUGAAAGAAGCAGGGUCAAGAAUAAGUUUCUUGUAAAAUCGGUACUUAAAAGUUUUUCAUUUUUGUAAACUAGUGCUGAACCAUAUGUUUGUUCAGUUUGGAUUGUAAUUGUUUAUUUUCUGUAUAUAGUAAUCUUAAGGUUAACACCAUACACAUCGUGUGGAUGCCACCAGUCAUGUAAACAUUAGACAAGGUUUUACUUGUUCUUAAAUUGUUUAUCUGUUGUCAUUGCAAAAGAGAUUCUUAGUACCAUUGGCUAUCUCUAUCCACUGAGUGUUUCUUAAUCAUUUUGUUUAUGGAAAAUUAGAAAAAAGCCUUUGAAGAGAGUCUUAGGUAGUGCCUUUCAGUAUUAGAAUAAAAUAAUCUUAACUGACUCGUGAAAAAUGUCUAUGUUUAUGUAUAGUAGCCUAUAAUGUCAUACAUAACAUGAC